CGGCCGCCAGUGGCAGCGCCCGCCGAGCCCCAGGCGCCCCAGGAGCGAGGGCGAGGCGGCGGCGACGACACCGGGGCGAGAGGCCGGGGGCGAGGAGGGGCCCCGGAGCCCGCGCCCUCCCGGGGCCGGAUCCUGCGCGUGCCCUGGGUGGGCCUGGCCGGCGGGCAGGGCCGCAGGCCUCUUAUGUAAGGAGCUGAAGGGGAGAUAAAAUAUACAGGAUGAGAAGAUGGCACUGCUGCCUCCCCCAAGACCUCAGAGCUUUGUCUUCUUCACGAAACAGUCUCUUGCCCUCAUUGAACAACGUAUCGCAGAAGGAAAAACAAAGGAACCCAGAGAAGAAAAGAAAGAUGAGGAGGAAGAAAGGCCAAAGCCAAGCGGUGACCUGGAGGCCGGCAAGCAGCUGCCCUUCAUCUAUGGGGACAUCCCUCCCGACAUGGUGUCAGAGCCCCUGGAGGACCUGGACCCCUACUACGCGGACAAAAAAACUUUCAUAGUACUGAACAAAGGGAAAGCCAUCUUCCGUUUCAAUGCCACACCUGCUCUGUACGUGCUCUCACCUUUCAGUCCUCUAAGAAGAAUAUCUAUUAAGAUUUUAGUACACUCUUUAUUCAGCAUUCUUAUCAUGUGCACUAUUCUGACCAACUGCAUAUUUAUGACCAUGAGUAACCCUCCUGAUUGGACCAAGAAUGUAGAGUACACUUUUACUGGAAUAUAUACUUUUGAAUCGCUUGUAAAAAUCCUUGCAAGAGGCUUCUGUGUAGGAGAGUUCACUUUCCUUCGUGAUCCAUGGAACUGGCUCGAUUUUGUUGUCAUUGUUUUUGCGUAUGUGACAGAGUUUGUGGACCUGGGCAAUGUCUCAGCGUUGAGAACAUUCAGAGUUCUCCGAGCAUUGAAAACAAUUUCAGUCAUUCCAGGCCUGAAGACCAUCGUGGGGGCCCUGAUCCAGUCUGUGAAGAAGCUCUCAGACGUCAUGAUCCUGACCGUGUUCUGUCUGAGCGUGUUUGCCCUGAUUGGACUGCAGCUCUUCAUGGGCAACCUGAAGAAUAAGUGUGUGCGCCAGCCACCUGAAAGUAAUGAAACGUUAGAAAGCAUCCUGGAGACACUUGAAGAGGAAAAUUACAGAAAAUAUUUUUAUUACUUGGAGGGAUCCAAAGAUGCUCUCCUUUGUGGCAUGAGCCCAGACUCAGGUCAGUGUCCAGAAGGUUACCAAUGUAUGAAGACCGGCAGAAACCCCGAUUAUGGCUACACGAGCUUUGACACUUUCAGCUGGGCGUUCUUAGCCUUGUUUCGGCUGAUGACCCAGGAUUACUGGGAAAACCUUUACCAACAGACACUGCGUGCUGCUGGGAAAACCUACAUGAUCUUCUUUGUUGUGGUGAUUUUCCUGGGCUCCUUUUAUCUAAUAAACUUGAUCCUUGCUGUGGUGGCCAUGGCCUAUGAAGAGCAGAACCAGGCGAACAUUGAAGAAGCCAGGCAAAAAGAGUUAGAAUUUCAACAGAUGUUAGAUUGUCUUAAAAAAGAGCAAGAAGAAGCUGAGGUAAUAGCAUUGGCAGCAGCUGAAUAUACAAGUAUCGGGAGAAGCAGAAUUACGGGCAUCUCUGAAAGUUCUUCUGAAACAUCCAAACUGAGCUCCAAAAGUGCUAAAGAAAGAAGAAACAGAAGGAAAAAAAAGAAUCAAAAGAAGCUGUCUAGUGGGGAAGAAAAGGGAGACGAUGAGAAAUUGUCCAAAUCAGAGUCAGAGGAGAGUAUCAGGAGAAAAAGUUUCCACCUUGGUGUCGAAGGUCAUAGGCGAGCACGUGAAAAGAGACUGUCUACCCCUAAUCAGUCACCACUCAGCAUCCGGGGCUCCUUGUUUUCCCCAAGGCGCAGCAGCAGGACGAGUCUUUUUAGUUUCAAAGGUCGAGGGAGAGAUAUUGGAUCUGAGACUGAAUUUGCGGACGACGAGCAUAGCAUUUUCGGAGACGGCGAGAGCAGACGGGGUUCACUCUUCGUGCCCCACAGGCCUCGGGAGCGGCGCAGCAGUAACGUCAGCCAGGCCAGCAGGUCGCCCCCAGCGCUGGUGAACGGGAAGAUGCACAGCGCCGUGGACUGCAACGGCGUGGUCUCCCUGGUGGACGGGCCCGCAGCCCUCAUGCUCCCCAAUGGACAGCUCCUGCCAGAGGUGAUAAUAGAUAAGGCAACCUCUGAUGACAGCGGUACAACCAAUCAAAUACAUAAGAAAAGACAUUCCAGUUGUUAUCUCUUUUCUGAGGAUAUGUUGAAUGAUCCCAAUCUCAGACAAAGAGCCAUGAGUAGAGUCAGCAUUUUAACAAAUACCGUGGAAGAACUUGAAGAGUCCAGACAAAAAUGUCCACCUUGGUGGUACAGAUUUGCACACACAUUCUUAAUCUGGAAUUGCUCUCCAUAUUGGAUAAAAUUCAAAAAGAUUAUCUAUUUUAUUGUAAUGGAUCCUUUUGUAGAUCUGGCUAUUACCAUCUGUAUAGUUUUAAACACAUUGUUUAUGGCUAUGGAGCAUCACCCAAUGACUGAGGACUUCAAAAAUGUACUCACUGUGGGAAAUUUGGUCUUCACUGGGAUCUUUGCAGCUGAAAUGGUUUUAAAACUGAUUGCCAUGGAUCCAUAUGAGUAUUUUCAAGUAGGAUGGAAUAUUUUUGACAGCCUUAUUGUGACUUUAAGUUUAGUGGAGCUUUUUCUAGCAGAUGUGGAAGGAUUGUCAGUUCUGCGAUCAUUCAGACUGCUCCGAGUUUUCAAAUUGGCAAAAUCCUGGCCCACCCUGAACAUGCUGAUAAAGAUCAUCGGCAACUCGGUGGGGGCCCUGGGCAACCUCACCUUGGUGCUGGCCAUCAUCGUCUUCAUCUUCGCCGUGGUCGGCAUGCAGCUCUUCGGGAAGAGCUACAGAGAUUGCGUCUGCAAGAUCUCCAGGGACUGCGAGCUCCCGCGCUGGCACAUGCACGACUUCUUCCACUCGUUCCUGAUCGUGUUCCGCGUGCUGUGCGGGGAGUGGAUAGAGACCAUGUGGGACUGCAUGGAGGUCGCCGGUCAAGCCAUGUGCCUUAUUGUUUACAUGAUGGUCAUGGUCAUUGGAAACCUGGUGGUCCUCAACUUGUUUCUGGCUUUAUUAUUGAGCUCAUUUAGUUCCGACAAUCUUACAGCAAUUGAAGAAGACACCGAUGCAAACAACCUCCAGAUUGCAGUGGCCAGAAUUAAGAAGGGAAUAAAUUACGUGAAACAAACCUUACGUGAAUUUAUUCUGAAAGCAUUUUCCAAAAAGCCGAAGAUUUCCAAAGAGACAGGACAAUCAGAGGAUGUAAAGAAUAAGAAGGAAAACUAUAUCUCCACCCGCACACUUGCUGAAAUGAGCAAAGAUCUCAAAUUCCACAAGGAAAAAGAUAAAACCAAUGGUUUUGGAGGCAGCAUGGACAAAUACUUGACAGAAGAAAGUGAUUAUCAAUCAUUUAUUCACAAUCCCAGCCUCACAGUGACAGUGCCAAUUGCUCCUGGGGAAUCGGAUUUGGAAAAUAUAAACACUGAGGAACUGAGCAGUGACUCAGAGAGUGAAUACAGCAAAGAGAGACUGCCCCGGUCAAGUUCCUCCGAGUGCAGCACAGUUGAUAACCCUCUGCCAGGAGAAGGAGAGGAGGCAGAGGCCGAGCCUGUAAACUCAGAUGAGCCAGACGCCUGCUUCACAGAUGGUUGUGUACGGAGGUUCACAUGCUGCCAAGUUAACAUAGAAUCAGGGAAAGGAAAAAUCUGGUGGAACAUCAGGAAAACCUGCUACAGGAUAGUUGAACACAGUUGGUUUGAAAGCUUUAUUGUUCUCAUGAUCCUGCUCAGCAGUGGUGCUCUGGCUUUUGAAGAUAUAUAUAUUGAAAAGAAGAAGACCAUUAAGAUUGUCCUGGAAUAUGCCGACAAGAUAUUCACUUACGUCUUCAUUCUGGAAAUGCUUCUAAAAUGGGUAGCAUAUGGUUAUAAAACAUAUUUCACCAAUGCCUGGUGUUGGCUGGACUUCUUAAUUGUUGAUGUUUCUUUGAUUACUUUAGUUGCAAACACUCUUGGCUACUCAGACCUUGGCCCUAUUAAAUCCCUUCGGACACUUAGAGCUUUAAGACCUCUACGAGCUUUAUCUAGAUUUGAAGGAAUGAGGGUGGUCGUGAAUGCACUCAUAGGUGCAAUUCCCUCCAUCAUGAAUGUGCUACUCGUGUGUCUUAUAUUUUGGCUAAUAUUUAGCAUCAUGGGAGUAAAUUUGUUCGCUGGCAAGUUCUAUGAGUGUGUUAACACAACAGAUGGGUCACGUUUUCCCAUAAGUCAUGUUCAAAAUCGCUCUGAAUGUUUUGCACUGAUGAAUGUUACGCAGGAUGUGCGGUGGAAAAACCUGAAGGUGAACUUUGAUAAUGUUGGACUUGGCUACCUGUCUCUGCUUCAAGUUGCGACAUUCAAAGGAUGGAUGGAUAUUAUGUAUGCAGCUGUUGAUUCUGUUAAUGUAGACAAGCAGCCCAUAUAUGAAUACAGCCUCUACAUGUAUAUUUAUUUUGUCAUCUUCAUCAUCUUUGGGUCCUUCUUCACUUUGAACUUGUUCAUUGGUGUAAUCAUAGAUAAUUUCAAUCAACAAAAGAAAAAGCUUGGAGGUCAAGACAUAUUUAUGACAGAAGAACAAAAGAAAUAUUACAAUGCAAUGAAGAAGCUGGGAUCUAAGAAGCCACAAAAGCCCAUACCUCGGCCAGGGAACAAGUUCCAAGGCAUGGUCUUUGACUUCGUGACCAGGCAGGCCUUCGACAUCAGCAUCAUGAUCCUCAUCUGCCUGAACAUGGUCACCAUGAUGGUGGAGACCGACGACCAGAGCAAAUACAUGACACUCGUUUUAUCCAGGAUCAACCUCGUGUUUAUUAUCCUGUUCACUGGGGAAUCUGUGCUGAAGCUUAUAUCCCUCAGAUACUACUACUUCACCAUAGGCUGGAACAUCUUUGAUUUUGUGGUGGUGAUUCUCUCCAUUGUAGGCAUGUUUCUGGCCGAGCUGAUAGAGAAGUAUUUCGUGUCCCCUACCCUGUUCCGAGUGAUCCGUCUCGCCAGGAUUGGCCGGAUCCUGCGUCUGAUCAAAGGGGCGAAGGGGAUCCGCACGCUGCUCUUCGCCCUGAUGAUGUCCCUCCCCGCGCUGUUCAACAUCGGCCUCCUGCUCUUCCUGGUCAUGUUCAUCUACGCCAUCUUUGGAAUGUCCAACUUCGCCUACGUUAAGAGGGAAGCUGGAAUCGAUGACAUGUUCAACUUCGAGACCUUUGGCAACAGCAUGAUCUGCCUGUUCCAGAUCACCACCUCGGCCGGCUGGGACGGGCUGCUAGCCCCUAUUCUCAACAGCGCGCCACCCGACUGCGACCCUGACACAAUUCACCCUGGAAGCUCAGUUAAGGGGGACUGUGGGAACCCAUCUGUGGGGAUUUUCUUCUUCGUCAGCUACAUCAUCAUAUCCUUUCUGGUUGUGGUGAACAUGUACAUCGCCGUCAUCCUGGAGAACUUCAGCGUUGCUACCGAAGAAAGUGCAGAGCCCCUGAGCGAGGAUGACUUUGAGAUGUUCUACGAGGUCUGGGAGAAGUUCGACCCCGACGCCACCCAGUUCAUGGAAUACAGCAAACUCUCCGAUUUUGCAGCUGCCCUGGAUCCUCCUCUGCUCAUCGCAAAGCCAAACAAAGUCCAGCUCAUCGCCAUGGACCUGCCCAUGGUCAGCGGGGACCGGAUCCACUGCCUGGACAUCUUAUUUGCCUUUACAAAGCGGGUUCUGGGUGAAAGCGGAGAGAUGGAUGCUCUCCGAGUACAGAUGGAAGACAGGUUCAUGGCAUCAAACCCCUCCAAAGUCUCCUAUGAGCCCAUUACAACCACUUUGAAACGCAAACAAGAGGAGGUGUCUGCUGCUAUCAUUCAGCGUAAUUUCAGGUGUUAUCUUUUAAGACAAAGGUUAAAAAAGGUAUCAUCUGAAUAUAACAAAGAGGCAAUCAAAGGGAGGAUUGAUUUACCUCUAAAAGAAGACAUGAUUAUUGACAAAUUAAAUGGGAACUCCACCCCAGAAAAAACAGAUGGAAGUUCCUCUACCACCUCUCCUCCUUCCUAUGAUAGUGUGACCAAGCCAGACAAAGAGAAGUUUGAGAAAGACAAACCAGAAAAAGAAUACAAAGGGAAAGAAGUCAGGGAAAAUCAAAAGUAAAAAGAAACAAAGACUUGUCUUUGUGAUCAAUUGUUUACAGCCCAUGAAGGUAAAGUCGAUGUGUCAACUGGACACCCAGAGGUCUAUGCCAAACUGACUGUUUUAACAAAUACUCAUGGUCAGUGCCUAUUACAAGACAGUGACUUCUCCAUCACCACAACUCUGUCAAUCAGGGUAUCAACACUGACAAGAGGUUGCUGCUUUCAUUACCAGCUGACACUGCUAAGAAGAAACUCAACGGCUACUUAGACUGAAAAGAUAGUUGUGCAAAGUGAUUAUUGUAACUACACCAAACACCUUUAGUACAGUACUUGCAUCCACGCUAUUUUUAACUUCCAUAUCUGCCAUAUUUUUACAGAAUUUGUUCUAGAUUUCCCUGGUUCCUAAUUCACAGUCUAUUCACAAUACUGUCACUAUUUUUGUAAAUGAGGUUUAAGUUUAAAAAAAAGUAUCUGAGAGCCCCAUGUUUUGACUCCACAACUCUCUCAAACAAUCAGACAAGUGUUUUGCCCUAGACAUAAAAUUCUUGCUCAAAACCAGAAAAAAAUUCUAAUGAUAAAAAUUUCAGGUACUUUCAUUUUCUAGAUGGCUUUAAUUUUGAAAGUAUUUUAACCUGUUGUUUGUUUAUAUCUCAACAGUUAUGUGCCUGUAAAGUGUCCUCUAAUUUUUAAAGGAUUAUUUUUAUGCAAAGCAUUCUUUUUCAGCAAGUGCAAAUUUUAUUCUAAGUUCCAAAGCUCUAUAUUUAAUUUUGGUUAAAUGCUUCCCAAAAAAGUAAUCUCAUAAAUCUGUUCUAGAAAAGUAUAUCUAGAAUAUGGCUUUAGAAUAGUUGUUCCACUUUCUGCUGCAGUACUGCUUUGCCAUCUUCUGCUCUCAGCAAAGCUGACAUUUAUGUCAAUUCAACACCCCCUGUUAUGUAAAUAGUUAUUUUAUCCUGUGGUGCAUUUAUAUAUUUUGGGCAAAUAUAUAUAUAUAUAUUUACUUAUAUAUAUAGAGCCUGACAAACAACUUCUAUUAAAUCAAAUAUGUACCACAGUAUAUGUGUUUCUUCCAAGCUUCCAACAGGGACGUAUACUGUACCGUUCACUAAACAUAAAUAGCUUGAAGACUAUCACUAAUGCAUGUUAAUAUUGCCUAUGCUGCUCUAUUUUACUCAAUCCAUUCUUCACAAGCCUUGGUUAGAAGAAGUCACAUGGUGGUGGUAGACUGAAUUCAAACAGCUCUCUGUCCUUUUUGUCAAGCAGAAUAACUUGCAGUUAUUUAAAAGCACCUUUACUUUUGCGUUUUUAAAUCAACUUCAGUGUCAUACAGUGUCUCUCUAGAUUUCAAGGAUACAUACUGUGUAUUGACUAUUGUCAAAACUUAUACUUCAUAUUUUGCUAAAAAUAUAUCCAAAAAUUGUUUAAAUAUAAAUAAUGUAAAAAUAUUAUCAAUUUUAUUUGUUGCACUUUGUACAUAAGAAAAUUAUUUUCAGGUUGAUGACAUGGCAAUUUAUUUUACUUUAUGCUUUUGCUUUUUAUUUUUAAUCACAAUUCCAAACUUUUCAAUCCAUAUAACUUUUCAAUGGAUAAUUUCCUAAAAUAAAAGUUAGACCAUGGGUUUUCUGCAUUUCUUUGCUGUAAUAUAUUUUCUAUCAUUCCAAUAGGAGAUAUAUUGGUCAAAAAUUCAACUGUACAUCAUUUUCUACCAACUAAAUUGCCUCAAUAUAACCCUUUAGUCAUAGGUUUUUUUUUUUUACUCAACUUUUGUAGUAUUUGCUUAUGCAAAGUAGUCUUAUUUUUUUAAUUCUUGCUACUAACGCUAUUAGAGAAAUAACGGGCUCUGUCCUUUUUAGCCAUGAACAAGGUGGCAAAGCUGUGCAAUUAUCUAACAUGAUAUAAAUUUUUGUUUUUUGCACAAACCAAAAGUUUAGUGUUCCUACUACAGACAUAUUUACUUGUAGUGUGUUCAGCUGCAUGCAGGGAAUUGCUAUUACUGAAAAGAAUGGUGAGCUAUAUCAUUAUUGAGCCAAAAGAAUAAAUAUUUCUUUUUCUUUUUAGAUUUAAUUUCUUGGCCUCUGCUUUUUCUUUAUUGUUCAAAUUUUAAAAUAUAAUUAAUGAAAACUGUACUUGAUCUGACAUUUGUAUACAUAAAAGUUUACAUAAAUUACAGCAUACUGCAUGACCCACCAAGAAGUACUACAGAAUAAAGGCUAUUAAAAGCAGCUCUUGUGAACUUUUGUGUGUGCAAAGGAUCAAAGCCACAUGUCCCAACUUGUGGUUUUGGUAACAACAGUAGCCAUCUAAAUGGUUGUCAAUUCCAAUUAAUUCCCUUAGCUAUAAGAUUUUAAUCUCAACUCCUUUCAAUGUAAUUGAUACCAUCUCUAAAUUCUUGGUAGUUAAAAAUGUUAUACACUUUGAUAUUUAAAUGUAUUAUAUCAGCUCCUAUUUAUACAUAAAGUAUUGAUGCAGUGACUGAGAAUUUAUAUUAACUAUCUUUUUCAGGGUCCUUUAUGUCAGGUCUAAACCAAAUGUUUAUUCUCAAUGGAAAACUCCACUUGUAAUGCAUAUUUUUUUUGAAGAUGAAUUGGAUCUAAAUAUGGAUUUCAUAAUUUCCCCAAUAGAAAUGAUAUAUGGUGACUUAACUGGAAUUCACUGGCUUCUUUCUGCUUAAGUCAAUUUUCAGACCUUGCCAACACCACAGA